UACCAAUUAUACACAGAUGCAUAUAAACAUCUUGGUCUCAUCAAAUUCAUUUCACCAUGAAAUUAGGGUUCAUCGUCACUUCCUUCUCUACGCCUUAUUCGCUUACUCCGUGUUCCUCAAAAGGCCGAACCUUUCCCUCAACCCAUAAACAAUCUCAAUCUCCCAGGUUUCGGAUCUCUCUUCCCUUUACUUGUCAUCAACAUUUCCGUGGAAAAAUCGAUACAGCUUUACGAGCGAGGCGAAUUAGUUGUUGUAAGGGAAAUCUGUGGAAGAGUGAUUCGAUGGAACCAGUGGAAGAAACCCGGGUGUUGAACCGAAACGUUUACACGCCGAUGGAGCCAUACAGCUCGGGUUUUUUGAAGGUCUCGGAUAUUCACACGAUCUACUGGGAGCAAUCAGGAAAUCCCGAUGGAUGCCCUGUCAUCUUUCUUCAUGGAGGACCUGGAGCAGGGACGGCACCUGACAACCGAAAAUUCUUCGAUCCUGAAUUUUAUCGGAUUAUCCUAUUUGACCAGAGAGGUGCAGGAAAGAGUACUCCACAUGCUUGCUUGGAAGAAAACACCACGUGGGACCUUGUGAAUGAUGUCGAGAAGCUAAGAGAGCACUUGAAAAUUCCGGAAUGGCAGGUUUUUGGUGGGUCAUGGGGAAGCACUCUAGCUCUUGCAUACAGCCAGUCUCACCCUGAUAAGGUUACUGGCUUGGUACUCAGAGGGAUAUUUUUGUUGCGGAAAAAAGAGAUUGAUUGGUUUUAUGAGGGCGGUGCUUCUGCCAUAUACCCCGAUGCCUGGGAGUCUUUCAGAGAUCUCAUUCCAGAAAAUGAGAGGUGUAGCUUUGUGAAUGCUUAUCACAAGAGACUAAACUCUGAUGAUAUGGAAACACAAUACGCGGCUGCAAGAGCGUGGACUAAGUGGGAGACGAUGACUGCUCAUCUUCAUCCUAAUGAAGAAAAUAUCAAAAAGGCAGACGACGAUAAAUUCUCAUUGGCAUUUGCAAGGAUUGAAAACCAUUACUUUGUUAACAAAGGGUUCUUGCCUUGGGAUUCAUACUUGCUGGACAAUGUUGAUAAAAUAAGGCAUAUAAAAGCCACUAUCGUUCAGGGAAGGUAUGAUGUGGUCUGUCCUAUGAUGUCUGCUUGGGAUCUCCACAAAGCAUGGCCCGAGGCAGAUUUUAAGGUCGUUCCGGACGCAGGACACUCGGCCAACGAGCCAGGGAUAUCUGCGGAACUCGUGGCUGCCAACGAGGGAAUAAAAAGCUUUUUGAAGAGUUCACGAUGAACAUGAGAGACCCGCAAUCUCGUGUUGUGCGGGUACAUCCUCGUAUGCGAAAAUGAAGUGGCUCGGCUUACGGUAUAAGCUGAAAUUUUUACUUUUCCAUGUAGAAAAUUCUGAACCUCUUUGGAACCAUUCAAUAAGGACAGUUGGAUGUGA